ACCCUCUGGGCCGGAUCUCGUCUCGCUGAGGCGGAGGAGGAGAAGGAGGAGGAGGACGUUCGGCCUGCGCAGUGAGAUGUUUGUCCGUCGCCGCCGCCGCCGCCAUCGCGGAGGAGCGCGAUAAAGGGAGCCGAGCCCGGCGCGAGGGGAAGCCCGCGGAGCCGCCGCGCCAGCGCAGCCCCCGGCCGAGCCCGAGCCGCCCGAGCCCGAGCCGCCGCCCCCGCCGCCGCGGCCGCCCAGGGGCCGGCCCGCCGCCCAGCCCAGCCCGGGGGCCGCGCCGCCGCCCCCCGCCGAGCCCCGCGGCUGCCCUCCCGCCUUCAAUGUGACACCGGCGCCUCCGAGUGCGAGCCGCAGCCGCCGCCGCCGUCAGCGCCGCCGCCGGGGAGGGGCCGAGCACCAUGUCGAAUCUGAGCAAAGGCACGGGCAGCCGGAAGGACACCAAGAUGCGGAUCCGGGCCUUUCCGAUGACCAUGGAUGAAAAAUAUGUAAACAGCAUUUGGGACCUUCUGAAAAAUGCAAUUCAAGAAAUCCAGCGUAAGAAUAACAGUGGUCUUAGUUUUGAGGAGCUCUAUAGAAAUGCAUAUACAAUGGUUUUGCAUAAACAUGGAGAAAAGCUCUACACUGGACUAAGAGAAGUUGUUACUGAACAUCUCAUAAAUAAGGAAUAAUACGUUAAGUGAUGUUGUGUCCUCAGUGCAUCACAUCAGGAGGCACAUGCUGUCAGUUUAUCCCAUUAUUGGUGAUGUUAACUUUGAUCACUUGGUGUCCGCCAGAUUUCUUCACUGUAAAGGUGCGAGAAGAUGUACUAAAUUCAUUGAAUAACAACUUUCUUCAAACACUAAAUCAAGCUUGGAAUGAUCAUCAAACAGCCAUGGUGAUGAUUAGAGACAUAUUAAUGUAUAUGGACCGUGUAUAUGUACAACAGAAUAAUGUAGAAAAUGUCUACAAUUUGGGAUUAAUAAUUUUUCGAGAUCAAGUUGUACGGUAUGGGUGUAUUAGGGAUCAUCUUCGGCAAACUUUAUUGGAUAUGAUUGCCAGAGAGCGGAAAGGAGAAGUUGUAGACAGAGGAGCAAUAAGAAAUGCUUGCCAGAUGUUAAUGAUUUUAGGUCUUGAAGGAAGAUCAGUCUAUGAGGAAGAUUUUGAGGCUCCGUUUUUGGAAAUGUCUGCAGAAUUUUUUCAGAUGGAAAGCCAGAAAUUUUUAGCAGAAAACAGUGCUUCAGUAUAUAUAAAGAAAGUAGAAGCUAGGAUUAAUGAGGAAAUAGAGCGGGUGAUGCACUGCCUUGACAAAUCCACAGAAGAGCCUAUUGUGAAGGUGGUGGAGAGGGAACUCAUUUCCAAGCACAUGAAGACUAUUGUAGAAAUGGAAAAUUCUGGGCUAGUACAUAUGCUGAAAAAUGGAAAGACAGAAGACCUUGCUUGCAUGUACAAAUUAUUUAGUCGUGUGCCAAAUGGUUUGAAGACCAUGUGUGAAUGUAUGAGUUGUUAUUUGAGGGAACAAGGAAAAGCCCUUGUUUCUGAGGAAGGAGAAGGGAAGAAUCCUGUUGACUAUAUCCAGGGCUUAUUGGAUCUAAAGAGUAGGUUUGAUCGCUUCCUCCAAGAAUCCUUCAAUAAUGACCGGCUCUUUAAACAGACUAUUGCUGGGGACUUCGAGUAUUUCUUAAACCUCAACUCUAGGUCUCCUGAAUACCUCUCAUUAUUUAUUGAUGAUAAACUGAAAAAGGGAGUCAAAGGGCUAACAGAACAAGAAGUAGAAACAAUAUUGGAUAAGGCAAUGGUCCUUUUUAGGUUUAUGCAAGAAAAAGAUGUAUUUGAACGUUAUUAUAAACAACACCUGGCAAGAAGACUGCUCACAAAUAAAAGUGUUUCUGAUGACUCUGAGAAAAAUAUGAUUUCUAAAUUAAAGACUGAGUGUGGAUGUCAAUUCACAUCGAAACUGGAAGGAAUGUUUAGGGAUAUGAGCAUCUCAAACACAACUAUGGAUGAGUUCAGGCAACAUCUACAGGCAACGGGGGUCUCUUUAGGUGGUGUUGAUCUCACAGUCCGGGUUCUCACAACGGGAUAUUGGCCUACUCAGUCAGCCACACCAAAGUGCAACAUCCCACCAGCACCAAGACAUGCUUUUGAGAUAUUUAGAAGGUUCUACUUAGCCAAACACAGUGGUCGACAGCUCACACUCCAGCAUCACAUGGGUUCUGCAGAUCUCAAUGCCACCUUUUAUGGUCCAGUUAAAAAGGAAGAUGGAUCUGAGGUUGGUGUUGGCGGUGCACAAGUAACUGGUUCUAAUACACGGAAGCACAUACUGCAAGUCUCCACUUUCCAGAUGACCAUAUUAAUGCUUUUUAAUAAUAGAGAGAAGUACACAUUUGAGGAAAUUCAACAAGAGACAGAUAUCCCUGAAAGAGAACUUGUUAGAGCCCUCCAGUCCCUCGCCUGUGGUAAACCAACACAGCGGGUCCUCACAAAAGAACCCAAGUCCAAGGAGAUAGAAAGUGGCCACAUAUUUACAGUUAAUGAUCAAUUCACAUCUAAACUACACAGAGUCAAGAUUCAAACAGUUGCAGCCAAACAAGGUGAAUCCGACCCAGAAAGGAAAGAAACAAGACAGAAAGUAGAUGAUGACAGAAAACAUGAGAUAGAAGCUGCUAUAGUGCGAAUAAUGAAGUCUAGGAAGAAGAUGCAGCACAAUGUUUUAGUAGCAGAGGUAACUCAGCAACUGAAGGCUCGAUUCUUACCAAGUCCAGUUGUUAUUAAGAAACGUAUUGAAGGACUUAUUGAGAGAGAAUAUUUGGCACGAACACCUGAGGAUCGCAAAGUAUACACAUAUGUAGCAUAAAAUGCAUUCAGAAAUUUGAUUUAUUCUUGGACUGUACUCUUCGCAUGGACUGGGAAGUUCUUUUAAAUCAUACUAUUAAGACGACCAUCUCUUCUGUUAAAUUGCAGUACGUGUUAUAGACCACUCAGAUCAAGCCUCUACUCCCUCUGAGAGUUUUCAACAUCAGUUGAUUGAGCUUCAGGCUUUCCAACGUUAUCCCUGUAGAGAUCAUCUUUACAGUUCCUCGGGAAAAUGUGAAUGUGCCGCGUUUUGUUUUCAAUAUUGUAUGAAAACAGGAAAAAAAUAAAACAAAUUUAGAAAACACAGCUCAUUAAAAUAAAAUUGUUGGAUUUCAUUUCCCCAGGUCUUCAGUGUUGAUGUAAAUGUGUUUCUGUAGUGUUGCUUAUUAGCACUUUGCGCAUUGUGUAAGUUGGGUAGCAAAAAUGGCAAAAGAGAUGCAAAAUUCCCAGUUAUCUUGCUCUGCUUGUGACAUUUCCUUCGCUGGUAUUGUUUAAAGGUUUGAUACAUAUACAAAGACCCAGGCAUACAAUUGGCGCAUGCUUUAUCCUACCACUUGCACUUCCUAGUCUCACAGCCUUAUGACCAAGGACCUUUAUUUGGACAUCAAUACAUACCCUGACUUGUUUUUCUCUAUUGUAAUCUGAGGUUUUCCAAAUUAAGUUCUAAGAUUAUUAGGUUUUGCUCUGAGUUAUUUCUAGAGAAAGAAAAUAUUUUAGUAUGUAUAAAUUGUACAAUAAUUUUUUUGCUGUUGUACUUACUGCUAACAGUGGAUUGUAUAGGGUGGUGUUUUUAUUUCAUUUAUUGUAGACAAAAUAAAUAAAUUUAGUAUUCACAUACACACUAACUCAAGUAUGUCAGAGCACAAAGGUGGCAGCUGGUUCUAUUUAAUUUAGUUCCUUUGAAAAGCACAUCCAUCCAUUCUACCAUUUGUUUAUAAAUAUAUCCCCCAUCCCCCCACACACAGUUUAAAUAUAUAUUUUGGUGAAGCUGUGGUACACCAUUAAUUGUUUCAAAAUGCAAUCUAAAGAUGCAAUAAAUAGAGUACCUUGAUAGUUUGAAGGAAUUCUUCAGUUCUUGCAGCUGUGUUUUAGAAAGUGAUUAAGCAAUAUUUUUCAAACGUGGAUAUUUAGCUAUCCAUUGUCCUCUGAAGAGUCCUUUUCAUGUUUUCAAAGAUGUGCUUUGUGCUGAAGAUUUGUGUGUCCGUUCCUCUGUGCUUCCAACUAUCACUGAAGUCUUCUACCUGAUUGAUCUGCCAAGGAUUAUAGUUUGCUUUAACUUCAGAGUAUUUUUAUCUUCCAUUUUAUUUAAUUUUGUUCCUUUUUCUUUUCUUUCAAGAUAAUGUUUUAGAUAUGUAAUUGGGGAAAACCACUAGAUUUCUGUCAAAAAAAUGAAAUGUUACUGAAUUCAAGUAACCAACUCUCCAUUGAAUAUCAAUACUGUUGAUAUACUUAUUAGAAUGUAUGUCUCAGAAGAUGGUUUCUGUUAAAUAUAUGAAGUUACAAUUACUGAAUUCUAAUAUGGAUUAAAAGCUCCACAUAAAUAUUUUCCCCAUGCGUCUUGGAUUAUAAUUUUCCUUUUAGACUUGCUUUUAUUGCAUUUAAAUUUGCUUUUAUAUGUACUGUUAAUUUUAAGUCUUAGGAUCUUAAUCUCUACAUGUUCUCCACCUUUCCAUGAGACAGUAAAGGUGUGGGCAGUACGGACAGGUUCUCGGUGCACCUUGCUGUGCUUGCACAGGUACGGUGGGACACUGAUGGAUUGCUUUCUGGUGUAAAUAGAAUUUUUACGAAGGAAGCUACUUUUAACAGUUUGGAAGUGAAGACAGCUCAGCUGUACAGAUUAGGUCUAAUGUAUAUGUAGGGACAUAAAGGUUUGCUAAUUGUUCUGGUAGAUGCUUGCUUCUGAGUUAAAGUAAAUGUAUUUGUUGGGCAAUGCUGGCUCUGCUACCUUACAAAAUUCAUGUGAUGCAUUUGGUAUUUCUCAGCAAUAGGUCAUUGACAUUUUUAUCCUCUAAAUGUUUUAAAAGAAUAAUGUGAUGAGAUUCUUUUUUGUGACUUGAAUUUUAGGAAAGAUGGAUAAUUUUUCCAGCUAUAAAAAAUGAUGUCAUUAAUUGUUAAGUUAUUCUUUGCUGUCAUUCUUUGUGGGACAGCAUUUUUUUAUUUGUCAUUUAAAUAUUGAAAAUUUAUUCCAAUUAGGAAACAGCUUCACAAAAUAAAAAAUAUGGUUGUAAUUCCAA